CUCAACCUCGCUACAACUCUUGAACGACGACUACCACCACGUCUGCCUUGCUCACGUCUGGGGGUUGCAGCGACUCCAGCUCGACGCCAUGACCGACAGUGAGGCGUCUCCUCGAUCCGACAUGUCGCAGUCAAGUACUGAUUCCCUAGUCUUCCACAUCGUCCUCCAGGACGUCAACCAGUACGACACGUACGAGUCACGCGAGUUUGACCUGCCCUUGAACGCAACCUUCCCUAUCGGCCGCGCAUCCAAGAAUGCUACCAAGAGGGAGCUGAUGCCCGCUCCUCACAACGCCUUCAUCGACAGCCCCGUCAUCUCCCGCGAGCACGCCCUUCUCUCCGCCCACGCCAGCAGCGGAACCCCGCACGUCUACAUCACCGACCAAGGCUCCAUGCACGGCACCAUGGUGAACGGCUACGCACUGGUCCCGAAUACCCCAAAGCAGCUCGUACCUGGUGAUGUACUGCAGUUCGGAAUCGAUGUCAACCGUAACGAGGAGUACUUCGUCGCCCGCAAAUACACGUUCGAGUCUCGCCUGUCACGCCCCUUUUCUAUGGGAUUCACGGUCCCGGACGCCGAAAGCGAAGACGAGGAGCUUGACCUUCAUGGGCGCCGAGGCAGUCAGCUCCACCCGCUCAUGAUAGACGAUUCCGACGCCGCCUCGGAACAGUCUGACGACGACCAAGCGGACACCACCAUGAUGCUAGAGGUCGUCACCCACCACGAAGAACCUGCCGCGGCUACCGAAGCGUUCUGCGUCUACGAGGAACACCCGGAAUCGGCCAUGCGUGCAAAUGUCAUCGAAGAGACCUACUCCGACGACGAGGAUGGCCUUGUAGUAUACGAAAGCCAGAGCGAAGACGAGGAACCUCGCGAAGGUGACUUCGAUAGCGAAGCGGCCAGCGUUGGCAGCUCGGAGCCUGAGUAUAAUUCAUCCGAGCGCGAAGUGCAGGACUCGGAAGACGAAGAGCCCGUCGAUGAUGCCAGUUCCUACAAGGAAUUAUCAAUGACACUCCCGCCAACUGUUCAGCCUCGAGAUCUGUUCAAUAUGCAGACGACAAGCAAUCAAGCUCCGGGACUGCCAUCGUUCGUGGUAUUCAACCAGCAAUACGACAGCAACCCCUUCGCCGCCAGCGCAACUCCACCCUUGCCACCACGCCCCUCGGCCGCAAAGUCACCGCCUUGGGCCAGUACGCCAUUCCCGGGCUUUGGAGAACAUAGCGAAAACCCACCGUGGUAUUCGGACGACACGGCAGCUCACCAAAGCUAUCUUGGGACCAACUUCGGUGAUCGACCUUCCAUUUUCGGCCCUCCGCCUCCACCUCCAACACAGGAGCCAGUGGGAACCCACCAUUUCGGGGGCACUUUGAGCGCUCUUCAAUCAGCAGACCGCAUGCAGACCCCUCCACCAAUGCCCACUUCGGAUAUCACCACCGUUUCGCCCCUGCAGCCAAAUCGUCGGACCAAGGUCUCCAUCGAGGAGAUUGUCGAGGAACAGCCGCCGACGCCUACCUCUGUCAACAGCAUGAAGCGCAAAGCGGAUGUUCUCGAAGAAGACGAGGUCCCCGUAAUCCAAGAACAGGACGUUGCUGUGUCGACGCCCGUUGACACUACGGCUACUCAGGCCGCUGUUCAGGCAGCCGACCAGACCGCCGCCAUCAUCGCACAGCGGCCUAAGAAGCAACCACGAUCAGUCCUUGGCAAGGUCCUCAACACUGCAGCUUAUCCCCUUCUCGGCGCAGCUGGUGCCGUGGUCUCCUUUACGCUUCUUUCUACUCUUCCAGACGCCUUCUUUGGAGUGUAGACUGGAAUGUUGGAAAUGUGCAAACUUCCGUUAUAUUUGUUGAGGUUCAUGGCGUCUAACGAUAGGGCAAGGCACGUCGGAGUGACACGACCAUCAUAUUUCCUUUUUCAGAGUUCAUUUAUGAGGAUUAUGGGUUUAAGGGCGUUUGGGAGGAAGGUAUGACAGCAGGAGAGCAUGCACGCCGUCAAGGCUUUUACGUUCGGACUGGAUGGCGUUAUGGGGUUCACGGUUCAUGUCACGCCGCUCAAUGUCUUGCUUGCAUGCCCAUGUGUUUAGCUUUUCUAAUGAUAUAUAUGCCCUCU